AUGAACGUGAGGCUCACAAGUUUGCUGUUGACUUAUUUAUUCAUUUUGGCUCCGGCAAUGUAUUUUGAUUUGGGAGAGCAGGAGGAAAAGUGUGUUAUUGAAGAGAUUCCAGAGGACACACUAGUGACAGGCAUCUUACUGCUAGAGUAUUGGGAUGAAAACAGGGCCAGUAACCCACACCUUGGUUUGACUGUCAGCAUGAGAGACCCACAGCAUGAGGUAAUCUUGUUGAAACGCUUUGGAAGACAUGGAAAAUUCACCCUUACGUCUCAUGCUUCGGGUCAGCAUUUCUUGUGUGUCCAAUCCAACUCCACCAGGUUUUCUGUGUUUGCUGGUGAACGUUUGAAAGUACAUUUAGAUGUCCAAAUGGGCAAGCAUACCCUGGAUCCAAAUGCCGCCAAGGCAAAAGACACAAUGAAAGCAAUGGAGUACAACCUGCAACAUCUCAUUGACCAGAUGUGGUACAUUAGCAGGCAGCAAGAUUUCCAAAGGGAACGUGAGGAGACGUUUCGCCAAAUGAGCGAAGAGACGAAUGGAAACGUUUUGUGGUGGGCUAUUAUUCAGACAUCAAUACUUCUCUCUGUUGGGUUCUGGCAAAUGAAAAGCCUAAAAGACUUUCUCAUUGAAAAGAAGUUGGUUUAG